UUUGCCGCGACACUUGCUCCCUGGCUGGCAGGAAAGUCUGACAUUGCGACAGGUGUGCUUAUAUAAGCGAAGAACAUUUACUGCGUAAUCGAGGAAGAAAGAAGGCAGAUACCUGGACAACUCGUCACUGUGCAGCACUCACUUUUGACUGAGACCUUCUCCUUGGACAUGUGGAACCCUAACCAAGGAAUGCCACCUCCGCAGGUUUGCCCUCCUGGACCCCAGCCUGGACCCUAUCCUGGGCCAGGAAUGCAGCCAUACCCAAAUCCAAGCUACCCUGGCCAGCACCCUCCACCCACUGGAUUCCCUGGGCCAUGUGGACCCCCUUCCCAUGGACACCACCACCACCAUGGGCAUCACCCUCCCCCACCUGGCCCACCUGGAAUGUUCCCUGGAGGACCUGGAUGCCAACAGCCAUUGCCACCACCAGGUUGCCAACCUCCUGGAAGUCAUCAUGGGCAUCACAAAAAGCACAAGCAUCACAAGCAUGGCCAUGGCCAUCAUGGCCACGGCCAUCAUGGCAAGAAGCAUGGUUCCAGCUCCAGCAGCAGCUCAGAUUCAGACUGAAGACAUCCUUUUCUGCUCUCACGCCCAGCUUUCUAGCACUUUCCAGCCCUUUAGGCUGCCAUUAGUCCUUCUGUAUCUCUGUAAUGCACUGCUUGUUAUCCACUUCUUACUCAUCUGCACCAUUAAUCAUACCAUGUGAUAUAUUAAAUUAAAUUUUUACCAAUUCCAGCAAGACAUGAUUAAAAAAUAUAUCAUGAUAGUCUAAUAUAAGCUUUCAUUUAUCAUAAUUGUCCUUUUUAUGUUGUAAUUUUGAAACAGACUCACAGGGCUAUCUCUUGGAAUGAUUUGGUAUCCAUUUUCCAUUAGGCAAUAAUUAUAUGAAAUAUCCACACAAUUUAAAAAUCCAGCUUAGCAAAGUCUUUAGUGAGAACUUCAAUGUAUGUAUGAAAACAUAGCAAAAUUCAUUAUAUAAAGAAGUAUACCAUACUAUUUUUUGACCACCAGAAUAUACCAAAAUAUAUAAUUGUGCAAUAAAAAAAGAGACUGUUUUAA